AUGCAAGUAGCGUCAAUGACAGACCAAAGAAGAUUGGAGCUAAUGGGUGAAGCCAAGGAAAUGUUUUAUCAUGGAUUCAAUAAAUAUAUGAAUCACGCUUUUCCAAAAGAUGAGGUUUUUAAUGAUAAGGCGGGGUUCGAAACUGCCAUUCGCAACGUCAUCAAGCAUGUUUCAUUUAAUGUAAAUAGUAAAGUACAAGUAUUUGAAGCAAAUAUUCGUAUAUUGGGAGCAUUGUUAUCUGCUCAUUUGUUUGCAACAGAUCCACGCUUUGGGUUUAAAAUUGAUGGAUACAAUAAUGAAUUAUUAGAGUUGGCUUAUGAUUUAGGCCAAAGGUUAUUACCGGCCUUUCAAAAUUCAAAAACAGGGAUUCCUUAUCCAAGAGUUAAUUUGAAAUAUGGUGUACCCAAAAGCGAAACGCACGAAACAUGUACUGCUGGUGCUGGAACCCUAAUUUUAGAAUUUGGUGUCCUCAGCAGGCUUGUGAAUGAUACAAAGUUCGAGAAUGUGGCACGUCGCGCGUUAUUUAGUAUUUGGAACAGACGAACAGAUCUAGAUCUUGUUGGAAACGUUAUAAAUAUUCAGACUGGUCAAUGGAUUCACACUGCUGCUAGCACUGGGGCUGGAAUUGAUUCAUUUUAUGAAUAUUUACUAAAAGCUUAUGUGCUUUUUGGAGAAAGCGAAUAUUUACAUAUUUUUAAUGAAGCAUAUUCCGCAGUUCUCAGGCAUGUUCGUGACGAAACUGGAUAUUUAUAUAGAAAUGUGAAUAUAUUGAAUGGAGGGCUGAUGUCUGCCUGGGUGGAUAGUUUAUCUGCUUAUUUUCCUGGCUUACAGGUUCUUGCUGGUGAUCUGGAUAAUGCCAUUAAAUCACACCUACUCUACUACAAUAUUUGGAGAAAAUAUCGAGCACUGCCAGAACGAUUCAACUUUUAUCUAAGAAAUGUUGAGAUUGCAUCAUAUCCUCUAAGGCCAGAAUUUAUAGAAUCGACUUAUUUUCUUUACAGA